ACGAUAUUAUGCUUCUGCAGCGUUCUCGUCUUGCGAUCGAGUUCUUUUUGUGAGAGCACGACCAAACGCCGGUUGUCGCUGCUUCCAACGGUUGUAGUCCUGUGCUGGCACAUAGAAUGCCGUCUUCGAUGCGUAAGAAAUUUAGGGCCUCCAAGCCGGUGGUAGCGCCUCCGAAACCUGCCGAGACAAGCAAGUCUAGCUCCAAGGCAAAAUCACCUACGUUGCCCACAGCCAAACCUAGCAGCAAGUCUGCAGAGGAGGGACCUUCCGAAUCUGAAAAUGACAAACUUCCCUUGCAAAGGACGCUGAGGUUGACUGGCAAGGCCCGCACAUGGUCUGCUGCUGAACUCCCCACUAGUGAUUCAGAGACGUCGGACAUUUUUGACGACCCUCAUCUCAGCAAGGGAACGAGCUCAAAGUCACAGCCAUUGAUUGAAGGCACGGCAAAGGAGUCACCACAGCAAUCCACCAUUGAGCCAAGCGCUCAAGCCAGCAGCAGCAAGCAGCCGGCACAGACUUCCAAGAAAUAUGUCAAGAAGGCUCAGGGUGGCAAACCUGUUGUGCAAACAAAAAUGGAAAAAAAACCUCAGAAUAAUCCUGUGCAACGCAAGAACAGCUGCGGGAAGACAUCAUUGAGCAGUGCCAAGUCGAUAGAUGCUGCAGUCAGCUCGAAUACUGCUCCAUUGGUGAAGAAAGCGGAUGUGAUGCAGAGUGAGCCUGCAAAAAGGAAUGUGAAAGCAAUCUCAAUCUUUCAACAUGACAGGCCUGUGAGGUUACCCGUGGUAAAAGAAGAAGGCAGCCCUUACAAUUGUAGUGUCCGAGGAUGUCCCUCAAGCACUGGCCAGUGUUUCAUUGGUCUCUGGUUGUUUGCGCUGCCUAGCGAAGAAAGCAGUGCACCACUGCGCGCUGCUUGGCUGAAGAAUGUCCCCAUCGAUCCAGAGAUCAACAGACCACGAAGUCCCCGCGUGUGCUUUCAGCACUUUGCAAAGGACGACUUUGUGACAAACAAGAACCGCCUUGUGGGCCUUGAUGAAAAGGCUGUGCCUUCAGUAGGCAUUCCGAAACAAGCCAUCAUACCAGGGACAUCCUACAACUUUCUUGUAAACAAACUGAGAGCAUAUGCUGAGCCUACGUCAAAUGUUGGCUCUAAGUCUAAAUCAGCAGCGUGCGACAGCUCGGCAGACUUGGCUCUGCCGUCUGGUUCUGCGAACUCCACCGCUGACAUAGGGUCAGGUUCAGGAACAGAACAUGGCUCAGCAUCAGCGACUUGGAUCAAAUCCAUUGUUAGCAUCAGAACAGGUGCAGCAACAGGCAGUGGUAGUUUAAUUGAGGCACUUAAGUCAGAAGCCACAGAUGGUGCCGGAAUAACUUCAAAGCCAGAUGGCCAGUCAAAAUCUGGAGUUGGCAGCAAAAUAUUUUCAGCACGUGAGAGAUGUUCACCAAAGAAGGUCCAGUUAGUAUCCAUGCAUAAUGCAAAAAGAGGCCCAACAGCAGAGAACACCUCAAAUGUAGCUAGCACUUCAGUGUUUACAGGAGGUAAUGAAACUGAUUCACUAGAGAGUAGUGCUACAUUGAAGCCAGUAGCAAAGCCAAAAGCCAUUCAUGGUGCCAAAACAGCUCUAAUAAAGAACAGUGGCUCAGUGCAUAAGGGCAAGUCAAAAUCUGCAGGUGACAGCAGGAUGCUUUCAAUGACAGGCAGCAGCUCAAAAGUGAAAACGCAGUCCACGUCCACACUUGAGACCAAAGCAGGUCAAAUAUCAAACAAGAUUUCAAGAAAAAGUAUUUGUUCAGUACUUGCAGUUUCCAGUGAAACAGGGGAGACCAUUUCAGUUUCAUCAGGCCAUUCUAAAUCUGCAGCCACAGCAGGUUCAAUAGACAGCAGUUCAAAUUCAGCGCAUCAUUCUAAUUGUCAGGUUAUGACAGAAACAGGUCCAAUGUCUGAGUGUGUCUCAAAGCCAGGGGACCACUCAAUAUCUGUUGUUACCAAAACAGAAUCAGUGGCAAGCGACCCAGGCCCGACAAGUCAAUUGGAACCAGUAACUAUGGUUGCGUCAGCAUCAACAUUAAACAUCUCAAAGCCAGUGACUACAGCAGUGCUAAAUGGUAGCAUGGUCACUACCUUGGAAAAGGAGCCCAGGACAUCGGAGCUCACUGGUGUGGAAGCAAGCAACCCGUAUUCAACAAGCCAAUCGGGACCCAUAACUGUCAUUGGGUCAGAGUCAACACCAAACAGCUCAAAACCAGCGACUGCAGCAGUGCUAAAUGGCAGCACAUUUGUAACCUUGGAAAAGGAGCCCUGGACAUCAGCACUCACUGUUGUAGACAAACCAUUGAUGGCAACACUAAGAGCUGAGUGUUCAUCCAAUGCAAGCAGCUUGUCAGCAGUGGAAGACACCCCAAUGGUAGUGGUGAAGCAAGAACUUGAAGAGACUGAGCUUUUCCCAACAGACCUUGACGGCAGUGUCGCUCUUGGUGCAUCAUCGGAGACUCACAGAUUGUAUGUUAAACAAACAGAUGGUGCAGGUCACAGGAGCUCAGAUUUAUGCUUGUUGCACCCAUCUGACGUAUUGGCUCAUGCUUCUUUGUGUCUGCCUUUCUGCUUGCCUUCCACAAGCAAGUCUUGGGAUGCAGGAGCAGCAGGUGCACAUCAAUCUCCUGCUUUAAGUAAUUCCAGUGGUGCCACUAGUCUCACUGGUGCACCAUCUGGGCAGUGCAGAAGCGGUGAGCCUGCCUAUGCUGUACCGAACUUGUGGGACUGCAGCCAGGGCUCAACACUAUCAUUCCAGCACACCGAAGUUUUGUCUGCUGGAAAAGCUUUCACAGCCACAAAUACUAAAAGCAGCUUGUCUCAAAACGCCAAUGAACUGACUCGUGGAUGUGCUGCCGCAUCACUUUCUUCUGCAUUGCACAUGUCUAGUGGACAGAAGAGGAAUGUAGCUGAUUGCCAUGGUGCAGAUGAUGAUGAAGCUGGUGCAUGUUGUCAAGCUGGCCACACUUCUGGCUCCAAAGCUGACUUUGCUUUUAGUGACCAACAGAGCACUUCAGCGUAUAAUGUUGACAUCACUCAGGAGUCUGGGACUGGAGCGAGUCAACCUGAGUUGUCUGCUCAACAAGCAGUUCCAUUCCAGGCACCAAGUCAAGGUGGAUAUGUGCUGCAUUUGAAAAGUGGCAGUGCGUGCAGCAGUUUUUCUAGUGCAUCUUCCAAUGCAUCUAACAAAUGUGAUGGCAGUCUGCAGAGUGAGGCGAGUGGUGAUGAGUGGGUGCCGUUUGAUCCUGCCCAUGGAAAGUAUGUCAUAGAAAAGGAGUACUUAGGAGAGAGAGAUGAUUUUGGGUUAAGUGCUGUUUACUGUACAGUGGUGUGGCUCCCUACAUCUGGAGAUAAUGGAAAGAGCAGCAGUGGCUCUCAAAGCACCGGCUAACAAGAAGACUGACCAUCGCCGAAUUCUAACAAGAAAGCUGUAGGCUGUGAUAUUUAAAUAUAAGAGUGUAGCAUGAUGCAGUUUGAAGCUGUCACGCUAUGGUAAUUACAAUUUUAUUAUUAAUGUUAUUUAUUGCAACAUCUUGUCCUCUCUGUCGUGCCACAACGUGUUGUGCAAUAAACCAUGUGUAGUUCUGAUGUGUCAAAGCCCCUGAUGUGUCAAGGGCUUUGACGUGUGCAUCAAAGCGUAUGCAAACUAUUUCAAAAACAAAUAUAGGUCUAUAGCUACAUAGCUGAAAAGAAAACUGGUCUGAGUAAGCCAAGGAUGCUGUUUGCAUGAAAAAACUUAUUAUGAUUCAUCGUUAAAUUUCCAAAAGGCACUUUAGGAUCCCUGUGACAGACACCCCAGUCAGCACAAGUUGGCUACUAGAUAACUUGAUGCAGCUGUAUCACGGCACACAGGUGCAGACGAGAUUCUAUUCUGACAGGACAGUCAACGCCGCUACCAUCAACUUUACACGACAAAUUCCAGGAGCGUCUGCGAACUUGAGACGUUCAUUUCAGUAUUUACCCGACAUUUGUGCGCACGCUUGUGUACGAGCAGGUAUGAGGGAGAAAGUCUGGGAGCAUUUGCUCCUUGAAUAUCUUACUUUUGUCUAUAGGUACUACGGCAGAGAACUUUUUCUGCUCAUUUUGUAUGAGUUUGUCCCUAGGCGUGCCAGCAUUGGCAGUGUGAGGACUUGUGGGCUUUGAAGCCAUGCAUUGUCCUCAAGUCUUCCUCGUGUUGCUCCUUUCAUGUUGCUGGCGUAAUGGAAUGGAGUGGACGAUUGUUGUCAUUUGGUUCGUGGUCUCCGGUGGAGGCGGGUAUGACAGCAUGUUCUCCUGUCACACUUAUGUAAAGGAUUUGUAAAGUUAUGUAAAGGAUUUAGCAAUAAGGUGUGUCAGGCAACGUAGGUGUCGGUGAACAUCAUAUUGCUACGAGGUGCUGCAGUAGCGAACGAUGAUGACAGGACAGACGAAGAUGAUGAUUGCCGAUAGUCGCACGCACGGGCUUCAUCUUGUAUGCCUGUUUUCUGCCCGUUUUAUAUAUCGUGUAAAUAUAUUGCCAAGCGUCUUUUCUCCCCGUAACAAUAUCAAGCAAGCGAGUGGCGAAAUUCUUUGGCUUACUGGACGGAUCCCGCAUGUGGGCAUACAUUUUGUAGCUGUGUAUUGGUAUAGCUGUAGGAGGGGGGGCAUCUGUUAGCACAAGCAGUAUACGCUAACACGAUCUGGCACAUACUGCUUGAUGACUUCUAGUAUAUCAUACCCGUUCGCAUCUACUGUGUGCGCCAGGACCUUCAUGAGGUGGCACAAGCCUAAGCUGCAAUUUUGCUGCCACAGAACUUAAGUGCUGGUUUCCCAUGUCUGUCCAGCCGUGCAGUUCUUUACGCUGGCUAUGACUGCUGUCGUCCUUGACCAUUUUUCAUCGUCAGGAUUACUAUCGCCAUCUUUACAUUGCGUUAGCACAAAGAUGAAGAAAACUUUGUUCAUUACGGCCACCGCUGGGAUUUGAAUCUAGGUCACUGCAGCAAUGUGUAUUUAAACUUCUCACUUAUUUUCCGAAUAUAAGACCCAAACUAGAAUGUUCUUGCAUCGUAGGGAAUCCUUUCAUUAAAGUUAAUAUCAAUAAACUAGAAGCUAUUCAAAGAAAGGCUGCAAGGUUUAUUAUUGCGAUAGCAAUUAUAUGGACACUCCAAAGUGGAUUUCUGCCGUCGCUGUCGCUGUGAGGUUCGGUAUCACGUCAACGGCGAUGAAAUCGUCGCCGUGCCCCGGGCGCUGUAUGCGCGAGUGAAAAGGCGCGAGGGAUGCGCGCUUUCACGGGGAGUGAACGCACGGCGGAGAGCAAACACGUGUUCUGCGCCGUGCUCCCUGAAGGGCUGAAGAAUUAAGCGUCUCUUUCCUCAUUUACAAUCGCCAUAUAAAGAGAGCAAACGCGGCUUCUUCCGUCGGGCGAAAGGCCAUGGGAGGACGGGAAGGAGGGGAGGCGACGUUUAGCUGCAGCACGAAAUGCAUAUUUAUAUAAAAACGUUGCGAGGCGAGAAGGUGGGCAAGAUUUCCAACGCUGCUCGACGAGUGUCCCAUUCUGAUCUCGUCGAAAACCUCCGAGCCGCCCCCAGAGGCACCGGCAACAGUCACCAACGCCGCGCGCGUUCGGUACGAACGCGGGCAAAACGCCGACGGCGUCGACAACAGUCCUGCGCGUUGCUGGUGCUGCUGCAUGUGCAAGUUUAUACAGCUGAUAAAACUACUAUCCGUACUCCGUAUAGCUCUCUACUAAUUUGCUAUCGCAAUUGAUGCUUCGCCUUUCGGGUGAAACUGCAACAUUUUUUCUAAAUUCAAACUUACAGACUCGCCAAGCGAGCUCAUGACAGGCCACAAGAUUGAAAAACUCAAAAUACGAUGGACGAAGAACCUUCUGAACUUUCUUUAUUCACUUCUAAAUCAUAAGUUUGCCCUUGACUGCAGAAUUUGUUUAUCUCCUCUAUCCACAAGACAUCAUCGAGUCCAUUCUCUAACUCCAUAUUUUGCUAAAACUAACCCAUUUCAGUUUUCAUUCUUUCCACGUAUAAUAUCUGACUGUAACCACCUAACUGAGCCUUACGAAUUGAAUGUUGAUUAGAAUUUGAGGUAUUUUUUCAUGUACAAUGCAUUAGUGUUAUAUUUUCAUAUUGUUGUUUCUUAUGAUUGUGUUGAAAUUGAAAUUGUGUUACAAUUGUUUUCAGCCCUGUUAUACUUCUGUUUACAUACUUCACAAUUGUGUUGUAUACUUAUUUUACUUUUGUUAUGCGUGCCUGUCCUGCUUGGACCGCAUUGAGGUCUGCUGUAUGUAAUAAAUAAUAAAUCAAAAUAAUUUCACUGUUGGGCUACCCACAGAA